UCUGCUAUCUACACUUGUAACCCAAAUUCAACUCUCUCUCUCUUUUUCUCAAAACAUUAAUAGCAGAGAGAGAAGGAAGAAGGAAGAAGGAAGAAGGAAGAAGGAAGACACAUCAGCCAUGGCAUUUGAGCAGCAGGACCACCUCUCCCAGGAAAUGCCCCUCUACUCAGACCACAACCACCCCUCCGCCCUCUUCGACGACAAACCCCCCACCUUCAACACCAAUUCCAAUUCCAAUUGGGAGAAGGACAAGUGCAAGGCCGACAUCCUGACCCACCCCUUGUACGACCAGCUUCUCUCCGCACACGUCUCCUGCCUCCGGAUUGCCACCCCCGUUGACCAGCUCCCCAGAAUCGACGCUCAGCUCGCCCACUCUCAGGAGCUCGUCUCUAAAUAUUCCGUCCUCGCCCACCACCCUCUCGAUCACAAAGACCUCGACAAUUUCAUGACACAUUAUGUCCUAUUGUUAUCCUCCUUUAAAGAACAACUGCAACAACAUGUCCGAGUUCAUGCUAUGGAAGCCGUCAUGGCAUGUUGGGAGCUUGAGCAAUCGCUGCAAAGCCUGACAGGUGUAGCACCAGGAGAAGGUUCAGGAGCAACCAUGUCUGACGAUGAUGAGGACCAGGCUGAUAGUGAGGCUAACUUAUUCGAUGAAAGCCUCGAUGGUGGAGACAACAUGGGAUUUGGUCCCCUGGUACCAACUGAAACUGAGAGAUCCCUCAUGGAGCGCGUGAGGCAAGAGUUAAAGCACGAGCUGAAACAGGAUUACAAGGAGAAGAUUUUGGAUAUCAGAGAAGAGAUACUACGAAAAAGAAGAGCAGGAAAACUGCCGGGUGAUACCACGUCAGUCUUGAAAGCAUGGUGGCAGUCACAUGCCAAAUGGCCUUAUCCUACAGAGGAAGAUAAGGCGAGGCUGGUACAGGAAACUGGUUUGCAACUAAAACAGAUAAACAACUGGUUCAUCAACCAAAGAAAAAGGAAUUGGCACAGCAAUCCUUCUUCUUCUUCUACUCCGAAAAGCAAGCGAAAGAGUGGCACAGGUGAUAAAACUGCUAAUGAGCGAUUCUCGUGAAGAACUCGUCUCACUCUCAAAGUUGAGCUACAGACACAUAUAUUCUCCGUCGUGUUGAUCAGAAACCACACCAUAUCAACAGCUAUGCGCAGUUAUGAACAAGAGAGGGGAAGGACUGGUGUGGCCGUAUUAGGGUAAUUUUAGGCAUGGGAUGAGAGGCGAAAUCCCUUAAUGGCUUAUAUAUUGCUUGAAAACAUAUGAAUUGUUGCCUUGUAUAUCAGCUGUGGUGUUUUAUACCUAGACUUACACGAGUAGGAUCCUUGAAAAGUUGUCUUGUUUUUUUUUUUUGUAUCGAUUGCCACAACACAGUCCUUUCCGUGUUUUUGUGUAUAAAUUUGGUGGUGCUUAUGAGUA